AUGUUUGCAAAGGGGGCCGCGAGGGUUACGGCAGGCUCGUCGCUGCGGUUGGCGAACGCUGCCGUUCACCCCAAUGCAACGCAACGCUGUGUCAGCAGUAAGGCACAAUGUGAGCUUGAAACUGCCCCCAAACAACCCUGUCCCUUCGCAACACUGGGCGUGAGCAAAGACAGCAGCAUGACCGAGGUGAAGACGGCUUACCGUGUCAAGUGUCAGACCGAGCACCCCGACGUUGGUGGUAGCGAUGAGGGAUUCCGGCGCAUUAACUGCGCCUACGAAGAGUGCACCCGCUGUGUGCAGGAGCGAGAGGGUAAAAGCGGUGAGACAUCAAGAUCGUCGGCGGUAAAGAAUGACACAGGGCGUGAAGGAUGCAAAAAGCACCAACAGCGCUCGGACGAUUCGCAUGAGUCUCUGGCGGAACGUCACCGUGAGAUGCGGCAGAUGUUUUAUGGUGCUUUUGCUCGUGCUAGGACGGGUGAAGAGAUUGACGAGCUGCUGCUCCGCGCGUUGCAAAGCCACUGCUUCGACAGCAUCGACGUAAGCGAGCCCUUGGCGCUGGCGCUGAGGCACUACCACCGCGUGACGGGCUACGGUGCUCCGCACCUGGCGCGCUGCUUCGCCGCGGUGGACCGCUGGGAGCAGUACACUGAGCGCCGUGCCGGGGCAACGCUGUACCACAUCCUGCUGGUGCUCUACGCUGACAGCCCGACACCGGGGAUGGGCGCGACAGCUGUCGCUGAGAGUGUGGCGGCGGUGCUAGAGCGCAUGCGUGCAGGGGGCUUGGAGUACGACGACUGGACACUCACGUUGGCCCACAAGGCGUACCGCACCUCGCCCUACCCGACUUAG